UGGGACAGGGAUCGCGCCGAACGGGCCCUCGAGCACAUGCUCAAGGAGGGGCUCGCCUGGAUCGACACGCAGGAGGAGGGCCGGUCCUUCUGGUUCCCCAGCCUCUUCCCUGGAUGUGCCCAGGCCGCUUAAAUUCUCAGGGUGAUGGAGGAGAGGUGGGCGCCGAUCCUGGCGGACUGCUACCUUUCGGACGAAGUGCCAGUGACGAAAUCGUUCGUGUGCGACAUCCUGGACGCCAAAUCGACCGGCAAGGUGAUCCAAAUCCUCAACUCCAAGUACCCUGAGCCGCGGCUGAGCCACCUGAAGCGGGUGAACAGCGACAAGAAGAAGAACCUGCUGCAGGUUCUCCUGACGGAGGAGAAAGAAACCUUGGAAAAAAUAUUGCAGUGUUUUUCCGAAAAGGAAAUUCGGGUUUCCGAGCCGUUCGUUGUGACCGUUCCUGCGGAGGGGGCGAAGACCAAAAGACAGAAUCAGUUCGCGACCUGUUUAUGGCCGGUGGCCGUUUUUACGGCGGACAAGUACCUGGAGAGUGUGAUCGAAGGGUCGAAUUUCUCCGAAAAGGACAAGUCGGAAAUAAAUAAUCUAAUGGUUGUUGCCCUGAAAGCGGCGGAACGGAGCAAGAAAUUGGGCGGGAAGGGCGUAGGGGCGGUUGUGGCCUUCAAGGGGAAGGUGCUAGGGGUGGGUUGCGACCUGAGGACGCGACACCCCCUGAAACACGCGUGUGCGGCCGUGCUGGACAUGGUUUCGUGGGUGAAGCAGGGCCGGCAGGGCGACCCUCCGCCCUGGGCCGCCCCCGACCUGGCCGAGUGCGACUUUGCAACCCUGAGGGCACCUGAGUCGUACCUUUGCACCAACUACGACGUGGUUGUCACCAGGGAGCCGUGCACCUUCUGCGCCAUGGCCCUGCUGCACAACAGGGUCAAAAGGGUUUUCUACGGCUGCGCGGCCACUCAGGGUGCCCUCGGCAGCAGGGUGAAACUGCACACCCUGCCAGGUAUCAAUCACCGAUACGAGGUCUUCGGAAGGGUCAUGCGAGAGGAGUGCGCUCAAAUGGUUGCUGAUUGCGAUGUCAAACAUGAUUGUUUUUCUUGAUUUACGCUAAUAAAAAAUAUUUUAACUGAA